UUGAAUUUUCCUUCAAAAUCGGCACGAACUUUCCGGACGACCCAAUAUAAUGCAAUAGAAAAGCCGAAGGCAAUAGAUAUUUGCUAUAAUCAAUCUGCAUGUUUAGUAAUAAGAAAAAUAGAGAUCUUAUUUUGUAUUGCAAAGUAAUGUCAUUUUAUAACAGUUUGUAAUAUAUUUUAUUAUAGACAAAUAAAAUAUUAAUGUGAAGUAUAACGCGGUUUAAUAUUUUACUCACUUUUUGUGCUAUCAUAAGGCCAAAGUAAACUUCUUUCAAUCUUAUGGAUACAUUAUCAUGUGAUAAUCUCUCACGCAAUGCUUUGAUGAUGCGCGCAUAUAUAGCCGUAUGAUUAUUCCCGAAUUGUGAUAUGUAAACAUUUAUUAAACCGAUUACGUUAAAGCUUUUUUACAAAAGUGAGCGUGUAUACACACGUGCUCGAAUCUUUUAUAACAUGCUUGUAACUGGCCCGUCUACCAUCAGCAGUGCAAAUAUCGCAGUAUUGCUAACACGUCAUCAGAUUUAUUUGCAUGAAGUGAAAGAGUUGCAACAUCUUACAAUAACAUAAAAUCUUAUAAGUCUCCUAAGAAAAUUUGAAUAAAGAAGACUUUCUAACUUCUCUUUUUAUGUUUAACUUAAAUUUCUUACAAUUUUUUAUUUAUAUAAAUCAUUUAUACGAAUCAAUUUUAUGUUUUUAUAGUACAAUUUUCUUAAAUAUUUUUUCGUUCAAGGCGCUUCCUUAUCCACUGCUGAAAAGAAUCCAAGACAAGGUCGAGGCAGCUGUAGUAAAUUAAUCUCAAUGUACUAAUAUUAGCAUAUUUGUGUUAUCAAUUCGCAUUCUACUCAGUUACGUCUCAUGCUCUUAUUUAAGCUUAUGAAACAGAAAUAAAAUUCUUCAAGUAAAAAUAAAAUAAAGAAAUAUCAUAUAAACGAAAACUGUGCAUAAAUCUCAGGAUGUUUCAAUUUAGAUAUCCGCGCUGGACAUGAACUUCAGAAUUUUAACAGUUAUCAUUGAUUCCCUCCGAAUUCUACGUUUGGGCACGAAACACAAAAUUCCGCGAUACGCGAACGGAUGUGGUCUACUUAGUGCUACAAAUGUUUCAAAAUAUUUUCUAUCCUUUUUUCUUUCAAAUAAAAAGAAAGACAGAAAGUGUUUUGAAGUAUUUGUAGCGCUAAGUGGACUGUAUCCAACGCUCGAGAUCCGAGCGUAUUUCUGCCGCUUACAAAAUCUUUCAUCUUGCCGGCAGAAGGCGCCGCCAUCGUGGUGCCAUUGAUAAACAGCUCAUGCUACACGCCACAAAGAGACGCGAGCCGUCGCGACGACGCAAAGAGAGUGCUCCGGCGCGUAAAAUUCUCACGUACCUCCCAGCGCGUUGGCUGACGUGAUCAGCAGCGCGUGGACGCGUUGCACUUGGAAAAUUUGAUUUUCAGUGAAUUCAGUGAGCCUCGGUCGUCGAAACUGCGGGAAACUCUCGGAGGAAAGGAAUUACUCACAGUCGCAGCGACAGCCAGCAACGGCCAGCAGCAGCAGCAGCAGGUAAGAAUUUCUGCAGUGAGGUGCAUGCGCGCGCACGGCGAACACGUGGCAUCGCGACGUACCGACGCCUCGCGUCGUUCCGUCGUCGCAAUGGGCGUCGUAACGUUGACAGCUAACUCGGCCAAGUCAGUGACAUGUCGCGACUCAAGGUCGUGGAGGACAUAUUGCUGCUCGAAGUCGAUUGCUCAAAGUCGAUGCGCGCGCGCGAUUUCUCGCGCUCACGUUUGAACGGUCGAGGAACUGCGCUCGUGAAAAGGCGCAGAAUGAUGGAAUAAAACUCUUAUGCGCGACUUUGGAACGUGAACGACGCUGCAUUGCUGGCGCGGCCAAGACGGCGAGCGGAUUUCGUGUCUCAUGUGCGAUUUAUUUCUCUGUUAUAUAAGAAUCACGCUUCGUGAAUGUGCAAUCGCUGGCCAUCUUGGCUGACGUGACACGUGCUGCUACUCGUGCCAGAAUCCAAACGCGCCGCACCUGCGAAACCUGUCUUCGAAUCGGCGCGACGUCGCUUCGAUACGAAAGCUUGUUGAAUAUCAUUUCUUAUUUAUUCGAGAAUCCAAACCGAAUAAUCUUGAUGGAUCCAAUGUUACAAUAAGGAGGAAGCGGACACUCGUGCACAACGCUAUUGCGUUGCAGUUGGUGCAGGUGUUCCCGCAUGUAUCUUUCAUGCACUGAUAUUUUAUUUUAUCACGAAAUGACUUUAAUUAACGCUAAUUGGCGAACUAAGUCAAUAUGCGCUCAAACGAUCAACGGAAAAACAAGCAUGCUGUAAUAAAAAAAUACUUGUACGGGACAAAUAAGAAUAUGAAGCGAUAACGGUUGUUAUAGCGCGCGCUAUUAAAGAUUGUUGUAAAUAAUUAAAGCAUGAAAUUUGUUAAUAUUGGAAAGUAAAUUAAAUACAAUUUGAGUAUUCUUUACGCACAAGAAUGUGGAAAAUAUACUUUGAAAACGAAAAUAAAAACAACAUAUUACGGCUAAAUACCGCGAUCUAUUUAUGCAUAAUAUUACGAUUGGUAAACACAGUGUUACGUCAUUUUUAUAUUACUUUAACAGUUCUCAAGAAUCCAAUCCAUCGAAAAAUCCAAAUUAAUAAAUGAGCAAGUUUAGAUAUUAAGACUAAAGAUGCGCAAUGAUUUUUUUUUAUUUUUGAUGAUUGUGCAAUGGUUUCUCAUGGUUCGAGUAGUGGAAACUUACAAUUUCUCAGCUCGGAUUCGGUAGGUGCAUAUUAUUACUAUAUAUCACGAUAUCAGCUAUCAGGCAGCUGAUACGUCGUGUAAAGUAGGUCUUUCGGCAGCUGCGUAGUGAUAUAUACCGUUUAUGCGUACGCAGGUUUCUCGGAAAACUGAGAUUUUACAUGAAGAUUUACUAGAUAUUAUUUAUGACCGGUCGCGUGACACACAGUGCACUCCGCGUAUCAGCUCUCAACUGCGAUCCGUUAAAUUAUAUACAUCAGGAAUAAUAAGUUACAGAUCUUUAGAAAUUUCUUUAUUGCAAUUGCUAUAAAUCAUAUAUUAAUUCGAAUAAUUCUUCACUCUUAAUAAUAUCGAUUGUUUCUUCAGUAAUUCCUGAUAUUUGCUUUUUCCAAGUAGCUUGUAUCGAGAAAUUGUUCUAUUUUGCAAAUGUAUUUAUAAUCUUGUAUAUAUGUAGAAUACACACACACACAAAAGUGUUAAUCGAGAAACAUUUGCGCGUUAGAAUUGAAGAAUUCUUUUCGUUGAACGCAUCUCACGUUAAUACUGCGACGAUGUAACAAACAACAAUGUUAUCUUGACUGCGAUUAGGCAUCAAUGACCAAGUUUCGGCGCUUGUUGCGCAGUCGAAAUUAAAGGAAACUUUGGCUCGAACUUCGAACUUCUUAACGCGUCUCGCUUGUUCCUCGCUUCACGGACGGAGCGAUAUCAUGCAAUUGCGCCUAACUCCGACAAUCAAUCCGGCCGUGGCCCAAGUUGACAGCAAUUUAAAAUCGCGUUUGCUCCUUGUAGAGGAUGUCGCGGAGUAGUCUCGAUAACGAUUGAGGAUCAUCUUCGGCACAACCUUGUUCUCACCGAAAACUGACGUUUACGACCGUGAAACGAGAAAGUGUCCUUAAGAUACUCUCGCAAUCGUUCGAUAGUCCGAAGUAUUCCAAUGUCGAUCAUUGACCAUGAUCUCGUUACAUUUUGUAUGCCGGAAGAUGGAGUCGUCGAAAAGUGUCAAGGCGAGCAAGGUGGAGACUACAACUAGAAGCUGGACAGCGAAACCGAUUUUAGGCUCGGAUUUCACGGAAGUUCUACCGCUGCAGGAGGUCUACGUGGGCGUCUUGAGGCAUCGCAGAGAUACCUCCGUAGCGAUCCAAAGUAUAUCAGCCGCCCUGCCUGGAUUCGCCCAUCUGAAGCGUUGUUCCAAUGGCAAACUGCUUCUAGCUCCACUUCGUGCGGAUGAAUCGCACGAAAAAGACUGUGACGUCCUACUUGGUGAAGAUCAGCUGAAAGACCAGUUGCAGAAGAGAGGAUUCGAUGUCUCCUUACUGGAGAACAAUUUCCAGGUGACAAAGGUUCCGACCAGGGCGCCCAGAACGAAAUCGCAGGCCAGUGAAGCUUCGAAGAUCUGGCCGGUAAACUUCCAUCCCGAUCCGACAAUCGAGAGCCUGAUCGACGGCUCGAUUUUUGACGAGAAUCGCUUGCUCGCGAUCGAGAGGAUAAUGUUGUUAGUGACAGAGGCCGCCAAGCUAGAGGCGAUUGGCGACGAGUAUUGCACUGGUGCCGCGGCGGUUGUCGAUCCCGAAGACGGAAGGAUCCUGGCAGUGUCCGCUGCGAGGAUGGACCAGCAUCCGAUGUGGCAUGCUGCGAUGCUAGCGGUAGAUCUUGUCGCCCGGCUUCACGGUGGCGGUGCGUGGCAAUUGAAUGAUAAUUCUGAAAAAGGGCGAACGGACAUAAUUCAGAACGAGAGCGAAACACCCAGCGAUGAAGGGAUGACAGACUCGAACGCUGCGACUGACGAGCAGAGCUCGAAGACACGACUGAGGCGGAUCAAAAGAAGGUAUGAAGAGGAAACGCCGCUCUGUUAUCCGAGCUCCCUGGCCUCGCUGAGGUUCCCAGUUCAGACGCCUCUUGAAGAGCAAACCGAGCGAAAGGGACGACGGAACAACCGCCAGUCCGCCAAACCUGAGAACUCGAAGCAAGAAGAAAACAGAAGCAAUGUGGAGAAGUGCGGGCCCUAUCUCUGCACGGGUUACUGGGUGUUUCUACUGAUGGAGCCUUGUCCUUUGUGCGCCAUGGCGUUGCUGCAUUCCAGGGUCGCGCGGAUCUUUUACGGCACGGCCAAUCGGACUGUGGGUGUUUUGGGAUCCAGAACGGUGCUUCACACGGUGCCGGGUCUAAAUCAUCGGUACCGCGUCUGGAGCGGAAUCCUGGAGCGGGAAUGCCGACAGACAGUGGAAGAAAUCAAUGCACGCAGAAGUCGCGACUGAGUCGCGAAUUUGACGCAGGUUCAUUAUGGAAGAUAAUAAUGCUCUAAAUGGCCGCGUGAACAAUUGGCUGUCUCUGGCAAUAGCUGAAGACGCUGAUGCCGCAAAGUCGGACAAAAGAGAGGACAAAACAGGAGCAAAGAGUACGCAUCGCUAUUGACGUAUCCUGUUCGUUCGUCGUUCCUGCUAACAACUUCUCGCACGGAGAUGCAUAUUAAAUGAUGUUGUAAUGACGUUGUACCAUUUGCAUAACGCAUUGUACAGAUUCCUCCGCCAUGAAGAAAAUAAAUUUGUUUUUAACUAAAAGGAAA